UGGUCUCGGACCGUCAUAGCGAGUGUAGCGUAACGAAAGAGGGAGGUGUUAAACGGCUUCUUUGUCUCCCCCACUGCUUGUUGCUUGCUAUCGCAGGCUUUGUUAUCGAAGUAUAAUCCGGUGCAUUUAAAAAUCGCAACGCGUUGCACGCUGCUCGGGAGUGCGCCGCGACACGUGCAGUCGUACAGAUCGAACGUGGUGCUGUCAUCAUCGGCCACCUCAUCGCGCACUUCGGAGCAGAGGUUGACAUGCGUUUCUGUUGCAUCUCAAGGCUAGUUUCGGUGUCCGGGAGUUUCUCCAACAGUAUACAAGAAAAUAUCGUUUAAAGUUACGAAUAUACCAAACGAUGCGGUGAUAAAUCAGUGAGGAAGCAUUCAUUUUUUACUUUUGUGCACCAUAACAUUGAUUUCGAAACAAAACAGUUGUAAAAUCGAGACAAACUCGGAUUGGUAUUCGAGAAAGAAACGUGAAAAUAAUCUCAUUAAAAAAGAUGACGCUUGAGGGAAAUUGUUCAACGGAUGAUGACAACAAUCGAGUUUUGUUCCAAUCCAGGAAAAACUCGGUGCGGUUGCAGAUAGUGCCAGCGCAGCCGAAAACUAUUACGCACCUGCCGAAGAGACCACCAGUCGAUUUGGCGUUUACUGAUCUCAUAUAUAAAGUUCGAGAAGGCCACAAAAAUAAUGUGAAGACGAUUCUCAAAUCUGUCAGCGGCAGAUUGCGAUCCAACGAGCUGACGGCUAUUAUGGGUCCUUCUGGUGCGGGAAAGUCAACGCUCCUAAAUAUUCUCACCGGAUACAAAACGACAGGUACAGAGGGUAGCAUUACAAUAAAUGGUCACGAAAGAAAUCUCAGUGCCUUCAGGAAACUCUCCUGCUACAUCAUGCAGGAUAAUCAAUUGUACGGGAAUCUAACGGUAGCGGAAGCUAUGAAAGUUGCAGCGAGUCUUAAGCUUAGCUCACACAUCGACAAAGCAGAGAAAGAAGAAGUGAUUCAGGAAAUCCUUGAAACUCUCGGUUUAUCUGAGCACCGCCGUACCAUGACCUCGAAUCUGAGUGGUGGUCAGAAGAAAAGGCUUUCUAUUGCUCUGGAACUGGUCAAUAACCCACCUAUAAUGUUUUUCGAUGAACCAACUAGUGGCUUGGACUCCUCAUCUUGUUUCCAGUGCAUUUCGUUGUUGAAGACGUUAGCACGAGGCGGUAGAACGAUAAUCUGUACUAUUCAUCAGCCCAGCGCAAGACUUUUCGAGAUGUUCGAUGCUCUCUACACAUUAGCCGAAGGACAAUGCGUCUAUCAAGGCUCCACAUCACAACUGGUGCCUUUUCUCAGAACAAUUGGCCUCAAUUGUCCGAGCUAUCAUAAUCCAGCGUCGUUUAUUAUUGAGGUAUCAUGCGGUGAAUACGGCGACAAUAUCAAGAACUUAGUAAAUGCGAUAAACAAUGGCAAAUAUGAUAUACGCGAGGGAUAUCCGUUUCCUGAGACGAAGGAAGAAAUGAACAAUUGUGCUGCCUCAACGGGAAUUCUGAAGAAUGGCGAUAAUAUAGAAAAAAUUAAAAUCAAAGACAAGAACGACGUUAACAAUUUAGAGGAGAAGUUUGCGGAGCAGAAAUUAAACGAAAUUAGUAAUGAGAAACUUAUAUCGGGCUAUGCGAUGAAUGACAUUGCUAAGCAAGCGAUGGAAGUGGCAAUUCCUGUGGACUCGGAUAAGAAAGACAAUGCUAGUAUGGCUUUGCUCGAUGAAUCCAUUGCAAUAACUCCGGAAAGAUAUCCUACGUCCGAAUGGUUACAAUUCUACAUUAUUCUAAAGCGUGCUUUACUCUUCAGUCGUAGAGAUUGGACUCUUAUGUAUCUCCGACUUUUUGCUCACCUUUUGGUAGCGUUAUUAAUCACCGCGCUAUAUUACGAUAUUGGAAAUGAUGGCGCUAAAGUACUUAGCAAUCUCGGAUUUCUGUUUUUCAAUAUGUUAUUUCUUAUGUAUACUUCCAUGACAAUCACCAUUCUAUCCUUCCCACUGGAACUGCCUGUACUUUUAAAAGAGAACUUCAAUAGAUGGUACUCUCUCAAAUCAUAUUAUCUUGCAAUUACUCUUUCUGAUAUACCAUUUCAGAUUAUAUUUUGUGUAAUGUAUGUCACUAUCGUUUAUUUCUCGACGAGUCAACCGGCAGAUAUGACGCGAUUUUUGAUGUUCUUGAGUACUUGUCUGCUAAUUUCUUUUGUCGCGCAAUCGGUGGGCUUUGUGGUCGGCGCUGCGAUGAAUGUGCAGAAUGGCGUGUUUCUGGCGCCAGUAAUGUCGGUGCCAUUCCUUCUUUUCUCGGGCUUCUUUGUCAGUUUCGACGCGAUUCCGAUCUAUCUACGAUGGAUCACGUAUCUCAGCUACAUUAGAUAUGGUUUCGAGGGAACUGCUUUGACAAUUUAUGGCUACGGUCGAGAGAAACUAAAAUGUUUCCAGGUAUAUUGUCACUUUAAAAAUCCGGAAAUGACACUUGAGGAACUGGACAUGCUCGAUGCCGACUUUACUCUAGAUAUCCUCGCUCUCCUUCUCAUAUUCGUUGUGCUUCGAAUCGCCGCGUAUUUCUUCCUUCGUUGGAAGAUUAAGAAUGCUCGGUAAAUUGUCGAUACACGCAAACUACUGUAAGAUAUUCUAAAAUGGAAAUUUAAAUUUCGAUGCCUCACAAUACGUGAGUAAAAACUGAGAAAAUUUAUGCAAAGAUUUUGGUGGCAUUUCUCGGCGGCAA